AUGCCUGUAGCAGAGAUCUUCCUCUCUGCCUUCGUCAAAUUGCUGUUUGAGAAGAUGUCCUCUUUUGCCUCCUCUAAAUUACCCUCCUUUGAAGGUAUUGAUACCCAGCUCACCAAUUGGACCAAUAUGCUGUCUCAAAUUGAAGCUCUUCUGUUUGACGCGGAGGAGAAGCAAAUGAAAGAUCGAGCCGUGAACCUGUGGCUCGACGAUCUCCAGGAUCUGGCAUAUGAUUUGGAUGAUUUAGUGGAUGAGUUCGCCACCGAAGCUUUGCAACACAAGCUCAAGGCAAAGCCGCCCCAAGCUAGUUCGAGCAAGGUAUGGAACCUCAUCCCUCAUUUCAAGCCAAGAGAUGUUAUAUUGUUGGUGGGUAUGGGUGGGAUUGGCAAGACCACCCUGGCUCAGAUGGUAUACAAUGAUGAAACCGUGAAGAAGCAUUUCGAUUUGAAAGCCUGGGUCUGUGUGUCAGAUGAGUUCAACAUUAUGAGAAUAACAAAAUUAAUUCUCGAGUCAGUGACUUCCAAGACAUGUAAUUUUAAUGGCUUGGAUCACGUUCAAGUUCAACUGCAGAAGGCUUUGGCUGGAAGGAAGUUUUUAAUUGUUUUAGACGAUGUCUGGAACAAAAAAUACAGUGACUGGAAUGUUUUGAAAAAACCUUUCAGUGAUGGAGCCCAAGGGAGUAAAGUUAUGGUGACUACACGUAACAGAGAUGUUGCAAGAACGAUGGGAGCUGUUGAACUUCAUGACAUUGAGGUCCUAUCAGAUGAAGAUUGUUGGUUGUUGUUUGCGCAACAUGCCUUCGAGCAUAGAAGUAUUGAUGCAAAUCCAAAUUUGGUAUCAAUAGGUAAGGAAAUUGUGGAGAAAUGCAAAGGUUUGCCUCUGGUUGCUAAGACACUCGGUGGCCUUUUACGUUGCAAAGAACGAGAUGAGGAAUGGGUAGAUGUAUUGUGUAAUAAAAUAUGGGAUUUAUCACACGAAGAAAGUGACAUCCUUCCAGCUUUGAGAUUAAGUUACCAUCAUCUCCCUUCGCAUUUGAAGCAGUGUUUUGCAUAUUGCUCAAUAAUACCCAAGGACUAUGAAUUUAAGGAAGAGGAGAUAGUCUUGUUAUGGAUGGCAGAGGGUUUCAUUCCGCCAAAAAGAGAGAAACAAAUGGAAUAUAUAGGAGGUGAGUACUUUCGGGAAUUGUUGUCAAGGUCUUUUUUCCAGCCAUCAAGUACCCGUAAAAGCUCUAAAUUUGUGAUGCACGACCUCAUCAAUGAUUUGGCUCAAGUAGUUGCAAGAGAUACUUGUUUUAGAUUGGAGGAUAGAUUGAAAUAUCAAGAGCAGUGCAAAAAUAUAAAGAAAGCUCGACAUUCAUCUUACAUGCAGGAGUACCAUGAGGGUAUGAAAAAAUUUGAGAUCUUUGACAAAGCCCCGCAUUUACGGACCUUCUUACCAUUUUCCUUAAGAUCUGGUUCAUAUUUUCGUUUGGCAACCAAUGUUCCCCGUAAUCUAUUGCUGAAGCUAAGACGCUUAAGGGUGCUCAAUAUGAGUAGAUAUUGCAUCACAGAAGUUCCAAAUUCUGUUGGAGAUUUGAAACAUCUGCGGUAUCUCAACCUUUCCCACAGCCAAAUAAAAGAAUUACCUGAAUCACUAGGCUCUCUUUACAAUCUACAAACAUUGAUGUUAAGAGCAUGUAGAAAACUGAAAAAGUUGCCAACAGACUUGGGAAACCUAAUUGACCUACGCCAUCUCGACACUACAGAUGCACAUUCCUUAGAAGAAAUGCCACUAGGAAUAGGUAAGUUGGCUAGUCUUCAAACACUGUCCAAUUUCAUUGUUACUAAAAAAAAUGGGCUUCGGAUAAAAGAGUUGGGGAACUUAAUUUAUCUACGAGGGAAGCUUUGCCUAUCUGGAUUACAGCAUGUGGUGAAUCCUCUAGAUGCAAGGGAGGCAAAUUUAAAUGAUAAGCAAGGCUUAGAUGUGUUAUCGAUGGAAUGGAGUGUGAACUCAGAUGAUUCACGAGAUGGAAGAGCAGAAACAGAAGUUCUUGACAUGCUACGACCUCAGAAGAAUUUAAAAGAGCUCCAUAUCAAAGGCUACCUUGGUAUAGGAUUUCCGACUUGGAUAGGAGAUCCUCUGUUCUCCAAUAUGGCUGACCUAAGUUUAGAUAAUUGUGGAAAUUGUGCAUCCUUGCCACCACUCGGACAACUACCCUCCCUAAAAAAGCUUUACAUUAAAGGAAUGAGAGUAUUGAAGUAUGUCGGUUGUGAGUUCUACGGGCAAGGCGGUGUUCAACCUUUUCCGUUACUGAAGACUCUAAGCUUUGAGAAUAUGCCAGAAUGGGAGGAUUGGUAUGCUUUUGGAGAUCACAAGGAAGUUCAACCAUUCACUCGUGUCAAGUAUCUCUCCAUAAUAGAAUGUCCCAAACUUGUUAAAAUGUUGCCUACUGAUCUACCUUGUUUGAAUAAUCUAGAGAUUAGGGACUGCCCCAAUCUCUGUGGGGUGAUGCCCAAGGAUCUACCUUGUUUGAAUAAUCUAGAGAUUAGGGACUGCCCCAAACUCUGCAGAAUGAUGCCCAAGGAUCUACCUUGUUUGAAUAAGCUAAGAAUUUCAGGGUGCCCGCAAUUCCUAGUUGAAGGUUCCAGCAAUAGCCUCCCGUCACUCACCUCGAUAGCUAUGAAUGACGUUCCUCUAACAAGCCUUGAAGCAGUCCUUGAGAUGAGGAGUAUGGUUGAUGAUGAAGUGAUAUCGGCAAAUACAAAGUCUAAGCAUCCGAGUUCAAUAACCGCCUUGAGCAUUGGGAUGAUUAAGAAACUCGAGCUCUUGCCAAAAUGGGUUACUCAUGGGCUGAUGGAAGUCGAGGAAUUGAACAUUCAAAGUUGUGAAGAACUCAAGACACUGUGGAAGAAUGAGGCGAGAGUGCAACACAGCUUCCCUGCAUUCCGACGUUUGGAAAUUGAAGACUGCCCCCAGCUAGUUUCAUUGUUUGAAGAAGAUGAGGAUGAAGAAAAUGAAGGGCAACAUCAGCAACAACAAGAAGAGGGACUCCCUAGCAUAGUGAGGCUUGAGGGUCUAAGAAUAGAUAAUUGUGAAAAGCUGGAGAAACUGCCACGGCUGCUACAUACCUUCACUUUUCUUCGAGAGUUGUGUGUCUGUAACUGUCCAAGUCUCGGCUCUUUUCCAGCGACAGGUUUUCCGUGCACGCUGAAAAGACUCGAGAUACGUGAUUGUGAGGCUCUGCAAUCCUUAUUUGGGUGGAUAAGGCAGAUUAAUGACAAUAAUCUUGAAGUGUUAGUGGUUGCGGAUUGUCCAUCUCUUACGUGGUUGAUAUCGUGCAGAGGUGGGGGGCUACCACACACACUCAAACAGCUUGAUAUUAAGAAUUGUAAAAAGUUGGAGGCACUGCUAGUAGAGGAGGGGAUGGAAAUUAACUGUCCAUCUCUUGAGUCUGUUUGGAUCAGUGGUUGUGAUAGGCUGAAAUACUUGCCAGAUGCCCUUCGUAAUCUCAGGAAUCUCAGUCGAUUGUGGUUGUAUGGGUGUAAGAAUUUGGAGUACAUUCCGGAAGGAUGGUUCCACUCCGCAACAAAUCUGAGACGAUUGGAUAUCACGGGAUGCAAAAAACUGAAGGCCCUACCACACGGAUUGCAGAGCAUCAACUACCUCACUUCUCUUGAACAGCUGGGUAUGAAUAUUUCACAAUGGAACAACAACUUCAAGAAGAUUGGUUUGCACAGUUUACCCUCUCUUAAAACACUGUCGAUUUCAGGGGAAGAAGAAGAACAUCCUGUGGGUUCCAGCUUUCCGAUAGAUGGGAUGUUGCUGCCCACCUCUCUGAUCUAUCUUCGCAUCUCAGAUUUCCGAAAUCUGGAGAAGCUAUCUUCUAAGUUGUUUCAAAACCUCGCCUCUCUUGAAGAUCUUUGGAUCAGGGAUUGCCCUAGGCUCAAAUCUUUACCAGUGCAAAGGCUGCCUCCCUCACUUAAUGAAUUGUCGAUUGAGAGUUGUCCGAGACUAACAGGGAAGUGUGAAAAGGGGAAAGGCAAAUAUUGGCCCCGCUUAGCUAACAUUCCUGACGUCGAUGUCAGUUGAGUGAUCAGCUCUGUGGAGAUUCCACCGCAAUACAAGCAGUCAAAUUGCCAGAAAUGUGCAUUCAAGGAUCUGAAUACAAAGAAAAGCUUCUUCCGAUAGAUUUCCUCAUCUGCUUUUAUUUCCUAAGGAAACCACAACAAAUGGAAGAGUUCUCAUUUCUUUCCAACUUCGUGCAUUUGUUCUUGGAUAUCCCGUCCAUCCAGUGAUUGUUCGCUAUCCCCUUAUACACUUUGACCAAUCCUGGGGAAAUAUAGCUUUGGGAAAGCUCAUGUUUAGAAUGUUCAGAGUUUCACAAUUUCAUGGAGGACAACAUAUCUCUAGUCUAGUCUUAGAUUGAAUCCUGGAUUGCUGAGUCUUGAUUGGUUACACUAACUGUACAAACAUCUCAUUCCUAUGGGGACAUCAUGCAGCUUGCAAAAGCUUCCGAGUCCAAACAAGUCACUUUUCGUGCUCCAUGUGUUUUGGCUUUAUAGUUUAUCUUGCUUUUAGGUCGCAAAAAUGAUCUUGUACUUCAUUCAAACAUUCUAUGAAGUGCUAGAUUUUAGCUCUUAAACUUAAUUUGAUGGCCUUUUUCGUGAUGGGCCAAGAAUAUUUGAUGCAGCUGCAAUGAUGGAAUUUAUAUUGUCUCCUUGGGAUCUCGUAAUGUAUUAGGUGUAGGCCUUGAAGCACACCAUUUGAUGCUUAUAAUUCCUCUCUUCCAAAAUAAAUAAGUUGAAUCAAUGUUUUUAUUAA